GCUGCGGAUCCGCAGCCAUGGCUAAGUCUCCUCGCCGCUCCGCUGGCCGGCGCCUGCAGCUGCCCCUGCUGUGCCUCCUCCUCCAGGGCGCCACCGCCGUGCUCUUUGCGGUCUUUGUCCGCUACAACCACGAAACCGACGCUGCCCUCUGGCACUGGGGCAACCACAGUAACGUGGACAAUGAAUUUUACUUUCGCUACCCAAGCUUCCAGGACGUGCAUGCCAUGGUCUUCGUGGGCUUCGGCUUCCUCAUGGCCUUCCUGCAGCGUUACGGCUUCAGCAGCGUGGGCUUCACCUUCCUCUUGGCCAGCUUCUCACUGCAGUGGUCCACACUUGUCCAGGGCUUCCUCCACUCCUUCCACGGCGGCCACAUCCACGUUGGCGUGGAGAGCAUGAUCAACGCUGACUUCUGCGCCGGGGCCGUGCUUAUCUCCUUUGGCGCCAUACUGGGCAAGACUGGGCCUGCACAGCUGCUGCUCAUGGCCCUGCUGGAGGUGGUGCUGUUUGGCAUCAAUGAAUUUGUGCUCCUCAGUCUCCUGGAGGUGAGGGAUGCAGGCGGCUCCAUGACCAUCCACACCUUUGGUGCCUACUUUGGGCUGGUCCUCUCACGGGUCCUCUACAGGCCGCGGCUGGAGAAGAGCAGGCACCUCCAAGCCUCCGUCUACCAUUCAGACCUCUUUGCCAUGAUUGGGACCAUCUUCCUGUGGAUCUUCUGGCCAAGCUUUAACUCAGCUCCCACAACACUGGGGGACGGGCAGCAUCGGACAGCCCUCAACACCUACUACUCCCUGACUGCCAGCACCCUCAGCACCUUUGCCCUGUCAGCCCUUGUCGGGGGGGAUGGACGGCUGGACAUGGUUCACAUCCAGAAUGCAGCGCUGGCUGGAGGGGUGGUGGUGGGGACAUCCAGUGAAAUGAUGCUGACGCCCUUCGGCGCUCUGGCAGCUGGCUUCCUGGCUGGAACUGUCUCCACACUGGGGUACAAGUUCUUCACGCCCCUCCUUGAAUCUAAAUUCAAAGUCCAAGACACAUGUGGUGUCCACAAUCUCCACGGGAUGCCAGGGGUCCUGGGAGCCCUCUUGGGGGUCCUCGUGGCCGGGCUGGCCACCCAUGAAGCUUAUGGAGAUGGCCUGGGGAGCGUGUUUCCGCUCAUGGCCGAGGGUCAGCACAGCGCCACUUCUCAGGCCCUGCACCAGCUCUUCGGGCUGUUUGUCACACUGAUGUUUGCCUCUGUGGGCGGGGGGCUUGGAGGGCUCCUGCUGAGGCUGCCAUUCCUGGACUCUCCCCCAGACUCUCAGUGCUACGAGGACCAGAUUUACUGGGAGGUGCCUGGGGAGCAUGAAGAUGAAGCCCAGGGACCACUGAGGACGGAGGAACCAGACACUCAGGCCUAAACUGCUGCCAGUUCCCAAGAGGAUGCUCUCACUUAAGAAGAUGAUGAUGGGCUCUCGUUGGGAAGUUCUGCUUUUCUAGCUUCCAUCCCUCCUGCUGCAAGAAAGGGGUCAGUGGUAGCGAGCCAGGAGCCUCCUUGCCAUGGGCAGUGGGAGGGGCGGGGCUAUAACUGGGUGUCAUGGGAGAGCCUCACCUGCUGUCCUCCCUCCUGCUGGCCAGCAAGUGUGGGGAGAAGCAGCCAAAAGUGAGGCACCCAAGCACCUCUCACUUUGAGAAAGAUCUGAAGCAAUGAGAGAAGCUGGUCUACUGGUCCAGGGCCACAUGAUUACAUUGUAGUCUGAGCCAGGGCCUAGUUCUCCAAGGGUGAUAAACACCUC